AUGGUGCCGCGACGGUGGCGGGAGGGUAUGGAGUCCAGGCACCGCCCCAGCCUUCCGUGUGGGGGCGGGGACGGACACCGCGGGGCGGAGCGGCCGCGCUCCCCCACUCGCUCACUGGUCAGCUGCGCCGGCCCCGCCCCGGGGCGCUCCGAGGGGGUCCGCGCCAGCCGGGCCGGGGUUGGGCUGAAAGGGUGGACCUUCCGGCUCGUGCGGGUCCCGCCGGCCAACCUGCGGCGCCCCCGCCGCGCCGCCUCCGACCUGCCCGCCGAUGGCCCUCGCCCCUACGCGGGCUUCGUGGCCCAAACCAAGUGUCCCACGGACGGGCCCACGCCUGUUGUUUUGGAAGCUGUCAACUCGGACGGUCCUCAAGCCAUCGAGUCUUCGGUGUCCUGCCAGGUAUCCGAAGAUGUGCCCUGUGUCAUAAACAUGGUAAAGAUCCAUAGGAACAAAGAUGGUGUUCCGGUGGUGUUGACCAGGAAGAUGGAGGAUACCUUCAAUGCAACAUUUAAGUACAAAUGUCCGCACUCCACGUUAAUUGUUCCGCAGUGGCAGGUCUUUUCCGUGCCCUCCGUAAAUGAUUUGCCGAAGUGGUAUAGACCUUUGGAUGUACCAACCAUCAAACCAGGGCUUAUUCCAACUAUUUUACAUAUACCCUCAAAUUCUUUAUCUUGGGGGGUGUAUGUGUUUAGAUUCACAGUCAGCAUCUACACGAAACGAAAUUGGCCUCAGGUCUCAAAGUCAGAUUUCAUGUAUGUCACCAUUGUUAGAAGUGACCUAAAGGCAGUUAUUCCUGGGGGUCCCAACCUAACAAUUAAUUUCACAGAUAGGCUGGUUCUGGAUGGAAGGAAUUCCUCCGAUCCAGAUUCAGACAACCCUUCAGAGGCACUCCUUUUCUCCUGGUACUGUACCACAGAUCCAAAAAACUACCAGGGAGCUAAAAUUACAGUGAUGAGCAACAGCGUCUGUCACCCGAAGCAAAGUGAUCUGAACUGGAAAGGGGCCUCUGGCCCUGUCCUAACACUUUCACCAGGAACGCUUAAGGGUGGAGGUGUGUACUUUUUCAGAAUGGUGAUCCGGAAGGGUGGUAGGACAGCAUAUAUUGAUAAAACGGUACGCGUGCUCAGAGGAUCAGCCCCCGCAGCAAACAUUUCGUGUAUUGAAAAUUGUGAUGCCGUUUUGGUUAUUUCAGACAGAUUUUCUUUGUUCCUAAAUUGCACAAAUUGUUCAACAAGCCAGGAUGUCUAUAAAUGGUCGAUUCUGUCGUCUUCAGGUGAUGAGGUAACAUUUGAUUGGGUGAAACACACCACAACAGGGAGGAAUGGUGCUUAUUUGUCUAUAAAAGCUUUUGCUUUUAAGGAUUUUCCUGAAGCUAAGUUUUGGAUGUCUGUGCAUCUAGCAACUUGGAGUGGGGAGACCUUGGACUUGAGGCACCCCUUUAUUAUUAACCAUGUCCCUCAAAUCGGAGAGUGCAGCAUUAAUCCAGAUAAAGGAGUUGCAUUUUUUACCAGGUUUGUCAUCCGGUGUGAUAAUUUUAAGGAUAAGAACAUCCCUCUUACAUACAAAAUGGUAGUCUCUGAUUUGUAUGGUUUUGGUCAGAUCAGUUCAGUAAUAGAGAACACCCUGGGGGCCAUCCUGUAUUUGGGGAGUGAGCCCACAUCGCCCCCUUCCUUUCUCCCUGUUGGUGUGUUGGCCAAUCGUUAUGCCAUGAAGAUCCAUGUUCAGGUAUAUGACUCUCUAGGAGCUUUUUCUCAGGUGACUUUGUAUGCGACCGUACAUGCUCCAACGGACAGAAUCUCAGGGAAGGAUGUGCUUGAUCGCUUAUUCAAUUUCACCAUGGGACCGAAUUCAUCGCUAUCUACUUUGCUUGACAACCAGGAAUUUCUCCCUGCAGGUUAUUUAAUAUAUAUAGCAGCUUCUGUUUUGAAUAACAUGAAACCUGAAUUAACUUUGCAAGCUGACAAAACCAGACUCCGGGAAUACCUUGUCAACCAGACUUUCGUUCUUCCCAAUAGCACUUUGGUGGAAAUCAGUCAGGUAGUCAUGAGUGUUACUAAAUUAACCCAGACGACCUCUGCAUUCACUCGAAUGGCUCAGAAACUCGCCACAGUGAGGAUCUGGCAAGCAAAUCGAGCCCUACAACAGUCUCGACAGAAAGAUCCACACUUUUACUCUGAACAAAUAGAAAUCGUGAGCACUGGGAUAUUAACAACUUUGUCUAAUAUCUUUAAACUGACCGUUAGCUAUGAAGUGGUUGAUGAGCCUUUCUACGAGUUGGAAUUACUAGCAGACACAAUAUUGGAGGGUAAAGUGCCAGGGAAUGAGACCACUGCAAUGACAUCCUCCAGCUUUAACAUGUACGUCAGGAAGACUGAAAAGUGGGACGUUACUGACGUCUUCAGCAAUGAGAAAAGCAGUCGAAAUUAUUUUCGUCCGACGCUAAACGUGAGCAGUAUUCCUAGUUUGCCCGCAAAUGCCCCGAUUUCCACCACGUUCUGUGAAUUUGCACAUGAUCCCUUUCCUUGGAUGAAUGAUCAGGAAAGCUGUUCUGCAGAGGUGGUUGGAUUCAGAAUGACAGGAACCACACCUAACGGCGAUGUGAUCGAGAUCAUGCCUGAUGUAGCCGAAGUGCACAUCGCCAGAAAAAACUUGAGCUUUGCAGCUUUUAAUCUCACAGUGGGACCCGAGAAUGAGCCUGAGGGAGCUGAGGAGUCCUUGAAAAGGACGACAGGGGAGUUUCGGUUUGAGGUGGACAGCAGUGUAGUGAAGCAGUUGCUGGUCCACAUUGUGACCGAAGUGACCGUGUUGUUCACGGUUUUCGUAUAUGCCGGCAGUGAAAUUACCCCCACUGCUCUGGUCGCCACCUUCCUCGCGCCCCAUGACAUCCCUCCCAUGGCCAACCAGAGUGACCUGUUCGACUCAGCUUGUACAGUUAGGGAGGCCCGCGUGGUUUGCCUUCCAGCAUCCCUGCUGCAAGUCGUAGCUCAGCGAACUGGCUCGUCUGAGUGCACCUUGAUCAUAGUUCUGCAGGCACCUCGUUUUGUCAUGAAAGCCAGUGAAAAGCUGGUGAGAAUCGCUCUUUUCAGCGCUCACUGCCUAGACAUGUAUGGGAUCCAGAGCGAUUGGAGAGAAGAUACCUGUGUUCUCGGAGAGAAGACCACCUGGCUAAGAGUGCACUGUAUCUGCCAAACCACAAGGAGGGCCCGGCGGCAGCUGGACCUAAUAAAACAAGCCAGCACCCACCUGCAAACCCAUUUUUUGACGGCCAAGGUGAUUGUGGUCCCUAAUCCUGUAGAUCUACAGUUGGAGGUCAUCAGGAACGUUACCCGCAACCCUGUGACCCUUCUCACUGUACUUUUCAUCAUGCUCAUGUACAUAAUCCUAGCUUUCUGGGCCUUGCUGAGAGAUGAAAUGGAUCAGUUUCUUUGGCUACGUGUGAUAAUUCUACUUGAUAACGAUCCUUAUGAUAAGGUGUGUUACCUCAUCACUAUUUUUACAGGAAUCCGUUGUGGGGCUGGGACCAGGGCCGAUGUCUUCAUCCAACUUAUGGGAACAGAAGGUGCCAGCGAUGUGCACUGUCUGAGCCAUCCUUAUUUUAAAACCCUCUACCGCGGAGGCAUCAACACUUUCCUCCUAACGACGAAAAGUGACUUGGGGGACAUCCAUUCCGUUCGUGUGUGGCACAACAACGAGGGCAAAGCCCCCAGUUGGUAUUUAAGCAGAAUCAAAGUGGAAAAUCUGUUCAGCAGACGCAUCUGGCUGUUUUUAUGCCGGGAAUGGCUUUCUGUUGACACCUCUUUCGACAGAACAUUUCAUGUUACCGACCCAGAGAAGCCUAUAAACAGAAUGGACUAUUUCCUGAUAGAUUCGACUUACAAGCUGGGGAGAAAUCACAUGUGGUUCUCUAUUUUCUCCGGUGUCAUUGCUAGGCCCUUCAAUAGGCUUCAGAGACUCUCUUGCUGUUUGGCAAUGCUGAUGGCCUCCCUUUUGUGUAAUAUUAUGUUCUUUAAUCUCGACAGACCAGAAGAAACAGAGUCAGGAGAGGGGAAGUACAUCAGGUCAAUGAUGAUAGGACUGGAAAGUGUCUUAAUUACCAUCCCUGUGCAUUUAUUGAUCGCUUUUCUCUUCACCUACUCUCAGAGGGAGCCUCGUGUGACUCUAGAAAAGGUAUCUCCCCGGAAGCGUUCCUUGGUGCCAGAGAGUGGACACUGGGAGGAAUAUCUUGAAAAGUGGCAUGCUCGUGAAACUGUGCAUGCUCCCACCAAGAAGGCUUCGAAGCUGCCAUCUGCGAAAAGCACUAGACUUCACAAGGCUUCUGCCAAGGUACCCUCCGUGGCACAGCCUAUGUGGAAGAAAGGAGAGAAGAAGGUCUCACGCACCCAUGGAAAAAAUAUAAAUGCCAGUAACUCAAACAAUAAUAACAAUAAAGAUGUUGCUUCUAGAGAGCCGCCUUCCCAAGUGGGUCCUGUAGAACUCAAGGAGAAGAGCAGGAUCGUUUUGCCUUCAUGUUGCAUUUAUAUAGCGUGGUUAUUGGUUUUUGUUACCUCCAGUAUAUCUUCAUUCUUCAUUGUAUUUUACGGGCUGACCUAUGGUUAUGAAAAGUCAAUGGAAUGGCUCUUUGCAUCGUUUUGUUCAUUCUGUCUCUCCGUUUUUCUGGUGCAGCCAUCUAAAAUUAUACUCCUGUCAGGCCUCAAAACAAGUAGGCCCAAAUAUUGUAAAAACCUUUCAUGGGCAGGCAGGUACUGCUAUACCGAGAUCGAGCUGCACAGCACGUUGAGCCCAGAAGAAAUGCAAAAGCGACAUGAGCAGAUCGUGCAGCUCCGAAGAUCGAGGAUGUACCAGCCCCUCACGGAAGAUGAAAUCCUAAUAUUCAAAAGAAAGAAGACAAUCAAGAGAAGGGCUUUCCUGUUCCUGUGUUACAUUCUAACUCACUUCAUCUUUCUAGCCCUCCUGUUGAGCCUCGUCGCCCUCCUGCGCCACACGGACAGCUUUUACUAUAAUCAGUUGAUUCGCAAGCAGUUCUCUGUGGAUCUCGGCUCGGUGUCCAAGCUGGUGGACAUCUACAGGUGGCUGAACCGCGUGCUAGUGCCUCUGCUCCACAAUGACCCGAAUCCAACGUUUCUUCCCGACAGCUCCUCUAAAAUCCUGGGUCUUCCCCUGCUGAGGCAGGUGAGGGCAAAAGCUGGCGAUAAACUCUGCCUGCCUGCCAACAACUUUGCGCAAACCAGCAUGGAAGGAGAAGUCCAUUGUCAUCCCAACUAUGGCACCGACCCGGAAGACACGAGAAACUACUCCAGCCUUUGGACCACAGUUGCAAAGAGGUCUGAGGACAAGCAUACCAACGGGUUUACUUACAAGCCUCCGGAGAAGACAUGGGGCUAUUUCUCCCACGGACUCUUACACACCUACGGGUCAGGAGGCUAUGCAUUCUAUUUUUUCCCAGAACAGCAGCAGUUUAAUUCCACCGUGAGGCUCAGGGAACUGCAGAGCAGCGGCUGGCUUGACGAGAACACGUGGGCCGUGAUUGUGGAGCUGACCACCUUCAAUCCAGACGUCAGUCUGUUCUGUAGCGUUUCUGUCAUUUUCGAGGCGUCUCAGUUAGGAGUUGUGAACACGAGUAUAUCCGUGCACUCCUUCUCGGUCGCUGAUUUCGACAGGGAAACUUCAGCAGAAAUCUACUUGUAUGUGGCCAUUCUCAUUUUUUUUUUUGCCUACAUGGUCGAUGAGGGCUAUAUCAUCAUGCAAGAAAGGGCCUCCUACGUGAGAAGUGUGUAUAAUCUGCUCAACUUUGCUUUAAAAUGCAUAUUUACCGUGCUGAUUGUGCUCUUCUUCAGGAAGCACUUCUUGGCCACGGGCGUAAUUCGGUUUUACUUGUCGAACCCUGCAGAUUUCAUUCCCUUUCACGCAGUUUCUCAAGUAGAUCACGUCAUGAGGAUCAUUUUGGGUUUCCUGUUAUUUCUGACCAUCUUGAAGACCCUCAGGUAUUCCAGAUUCUUUUAUGAUGUGCGCCUGGCUCAGAGGGCCAUUCAGGCGGCCCUUCCCGGCAUCUGCCACAUGGCACUGGUGGUGUCCGUGUACUUCUUUGUGUACAUGGCCUUCGGCUACCUGGUGUUCGGUCAACACGAGUGGAACUAUAGUAACCUGAUCCAUGCCACGCAGACGAUACUCUCCUAUUGCGUCUCAGCGUUUCAGAACACCGAGUUCUCCAACAACAGGGUUCUGGGGGUCCUAUUCCUCUCAUCGUUCAUGCUGGUGAUGAUCUGCAUAUUGAUCAACUUAUUUCAGGCAGUGAUUUUGUCUGCCUAUGAGGAAAUGAAGCAGCCCGUGUAUGAGGAACCAUCAGACGAAGCGGAAGCCAUGACCUAUCUGUGUCGCAGGCUAAGAGCUAUGUUUAGGUUUCUGACCUUCCAACCCAGGGACGAAGAUGAACCAGAGUUCUUUGUCAACAUGCUGUAUGGGCAGCCGGAGAAGAGCAGCCGCCGGUAUCUGGGGCUGAAGACCAGAAACAUCAAUGGGAAGAAAAUGGUUUAUCUUGUUGUGUGAUCAGUGGCAGGGUCAAGAACCAUAGGCAAGAGUCCCCCCAGAUGCUCAUUCUGUGGGUAUAA